GUCCUCCCACUCCAUUGUCCCUUGUUUUCCUCUCUCACAACCUGUCACUUUUCACAGAUUUACUCCCCUACAUCUUUUGUUCGCAGCCUUUUCAGUUGCUUUCUCCCCCAUAACAUCUCUCUCUCUCUCUCUCUCUCUCUCUCUCUCUCUUUCAUACACAAACACACAUUUGCUAAUUACUACUGCAGCUACAUCUCUCCAUACUCUCUCCCAAGUUUCUGUUUGCGCCCAGGAAAACACAACUCCAGUUUUUAAGUAUUUAUUUAAUAAUAAAAACUCAGCUACUACACUUUCUGCUGGGAAUGUCAAUGCUUAUUUAAAAUAACUCAUACAUUUUAUUCAGUAAUAUGGGUUGUUUCAGCUCCAAAACUGCUCACCUCCCUUCUCCAGAUAACCCCUCUAAACCUGAAUCAGUGAAUGGAGAUGAAUGUGUGAUUGAAGAAGUUGAAGUGAAUCAAGUUCAAGUUUUUAAAGAGUAUGAACUGAACGAGCUUAGAAAAGCUACAAAUGGAUUCAGCAGUGAAUGUAUUGUCUCUGAGAGUGGUGAAAGAGCUCCAAAUGUUGUUUAUAGAGCUAAGCUUGAGAACAAUCACUUUGUUGCUGUUAAGCGUUUUUCCAGACAAUCUUGGCCUGAUCCCCAACAGUUUUUGGCGGAAGCAGCUGGAGUAGGGAAGCUUAGGCAUAAAAGACUGGUGAAUUUGAUUGGGGCUUGUGCCGAAGGCGAUGAGAGACUGUUGGUGGCUGAGUAUAUGCCAAAUGAUACUCUGUCUAAACACCUCUUCCACUGGGAUAAACAGCCAUUGCCAUGGGAAAUGCGUGUACGAGUAGCAUAUCAUAUUGCACAAGCACUUGAUCAUUGCAAUAUGGAAGACCGGAAGAUCUAUCAUGAUUUGAAUGCAUAUAGAGUUCUUUUUGAUGAGGAUGGUGAGCCUUGUUUGUCAAGUUUCGGCCUCAUGAAAAAUAGUCGUGAUGGGAAGAGCUACAGCACUAACUUGGCUUAUACACCACCUGAAUUUUUGCGGACUGGCCGGGUCAUCCCUGAAAGUGUUAUCUACAGCUACGGAACAGUUCUUCUUGAUCUUCUUAGUGGGAAGCAUAUCCCUCCAAGCCAUGCACUGGACUUGAUAAGGGGAAAGAAUGUUUUACUCUUAAUGGACUCGUCAAUGGAAGGGCAGUAUGCCAAUGAUGAUGCUACUAAAUUUGUUGAACUUGCUUCAAAAUGUCUCCAGGCUGAGGCUAGGGACCGACCUGAUAGCAAAUUUCUUCUAACUGCAGUUUCCCCAUUGCAAAAGCAGAAAGAGGUGGCAUCUCAUGUUCUAAUGGGGCUUACAAAAACUGCACCAGUAGUCCCAACCAUUCUCUCUCCUCUUGGAAAGGCUUGUGUGAGGAUGGAUCUUACUGCUGUGCAUGAUAUACUGCUUAAAACUGGUUACAAGGAUGAAGAGGGUGCAGAAAAUGAGCUGUCAUUUCAAGAAUGGACGCAGCAAGUGCAGGACAUGUUAAACACAAAAAAGUUUGGAGAUAUUGCAUUUAGGGACAAGGAUUUUAAGAGUGCAAUUGAUUACUAUUCAAAGCUGGUAGUGAUGAUGCCUGCUCCCUCUGCAACCGUCUUCGCACGAAGAGCUCUUUCCUAUUUGAUGAAUGACCAGGCGGAACUUGCACUACGAGAUGCAAUGCAGGCUCAGGUUUGCAUACAAGAGUGGCCAACUGCAUUUUAUCUGCAGGCUCUUGCACUCUCCAAGCUUGGCAUGGAAACCGAUGCUCAGGAUAUGCUUAACGAUGGAGCAGCAUUUGACUCGAAGAAGCAGAACAGUUGGCGGAACUGAGACAGAGAUAUACAUUUCAAAACUGAUAAACCUUCCUUUCAUCUUGUCAAAUUAACUAGUAUUAAACACCAGUCGAAUCAGGUCACUGCUAAUGGUAGGUGCAAGAUACAUUAUCUAAUCUUUACAAGAAAAGUCAUGCCCCUGUAAGGGUUUUGACCAGUAUACAAGUAAUAAGUUAUCAAGCCUUUAUCGGAGCUGUGAUGGCUAUAAAUAGGCUUCGAAUGCUCACUUGUAUGACGGGAUAUUAUGGAAGAACUAAUUUUGCAAGAAUAUACUACCAAAGAAAACUAGGCUUGUCGAGAUAUAUUCACGAGA